UCUCUAUCUCUGAGAGAAGUUGGAAAGAAGAAAGAGAAAGAAGAGAUGGGGUUGAUGAUGAUCAAUCAUCAGUCAGCCAUAGAAACAGAAAAUUAAAAGAUUUUUUUUUUUUUGAAAAAAAAAAAAAAAAAAAAAAAAGGGAAAAGCAAAACCUAUGAUUUGAACCCACCAAGAAAAUUCUUGAUUACCCCACAGCCAGCAAACACAAAAACGUAACAAAAGUAUUAUGGAACCCUCGAAUGCACAAAGCAACAAUAAACCCAAUUCCACCACCGCUUCUCAGCCCUUCAACCACCAGCAUGGCGGCGCACGAUCGGUGCCGUUCAUGUCUUCCAUCUCCAUCCACGCGGCGGCGGCCGCCGCAGCUGGCCGACCACUGGGAGGGAAUAAUACGAGUUGUAAUACCGGGUCGGGUUCGGGGUCGUCGUCUAUUUCUCCGUCGACAUCUUCCACUAGCGCCUCCACGUCUUCCGCGGCGGCUCCGGCGGAGCCGCCGCGGCUAGUCGACGCCUCGCUUGCCAUUGCCACCAGAUCGGAGGCGUUGCUCGACCCUUCCAAGAAGCCACAGCAGGCGGCGGCUCAGCAGCAGCUGGCGAAAAGAUCGACGAAGGACCGCCACACGAAGGUGGACGGCCGGGGGCGGCGCAUCCGAAUGCCGGCGGCAUGCGCGGCUAGGGUUUUCCAGCUGACUAGGGAGUUGGGGCACAAGUCCGACGGGGAAACAAUUGAGUGGUUGUUACAGCAGGCGGAGCCGGCCAUCAUCGCCGCCACCGGCACCGGCACCAUCCCGGCGAAUUUCUCCACCCUGAAUAUCUCGCUCCGGAGCAGCGGCUCGACUCUCUCGGCGCCACCGUCGAAAUCGGCGCCGCAUUCUUUCCACAACACAUUAGCUCUAGCGGCGGCUCACCAUCCUCAAGCUCACCCUUUCGAGGAAGGCUUCUCACAUAUGCUAGGGUUCCACCAGACCCCUCACUUCCUAACGCCGAACCAGAUCGCGGACACAAUUUCCGGCGGCGGAGAUGACGGCGGAGGCGGCGGAGGUAGAGGACAAGACACGACUGAGAAUUACCUGGGAAAAAGAUAUAGAGAAGAUUUGUUCAAGGACGAAGGCUCAAGUAAUCCCCAAGGAGAACCUUCCGGUGCCGGAGCCGGAGCCGGAGCCUCCGGCUCCGAUUCGCCGUCGAAUAAGCAAUUCAAAGGCUCAAAUAUGCAACUGCCUAAGCCUAUCCAGGAGACAACAGCCGGACCGUCGUCAACCAUGUUCCGACACACUAAUAUGAUGCCAGCCGCCGCUAUGUGGGCGGUGCAGAGCGGCGGCACCGCCGGCGCCGGCACUUUCUCGAUGCUACCGGUGAGCGCCGUCCCCAGCACAUCCGGAUCCGAACCGGGUCAGAUGUGGGCUUUCCAAGCUAGCAGCGGAAACACCCUUCAAGCCCCGUUACAUUUCAUGUCUAGGUUCAACCUUCCGGGCAAUCUUGAUUUUCCGGGCAGCCGAGCCACCCCAUUGCAGCUGGGCUCAAUGAUAAUGCAACACCACCACCAACAACAACAACAACAACAGCCUUCCCAGCAAUUGGGGUUAGGAAUGCCGGACGGAAACCUGGGGAUGCUGGCGGCGUUCAAUGCCUAUCCAAGAACCGGUUUGAACAUGAACUCCGAUCAUCACCAAACCGGCCGACACCCAUUGGAACAUCAUCAGCAACACCACCAAACUCCCGACGACAGCGCCGAUGAUGACCCCAACACCUCCCAGUAACAUCUCCACAAUUUUCCAUUAUUUGUAAAGAAACUCAAUGCAUUAUGGAUUGUUGAUUGAGAUUAAAGAAGUAAUGAAGAGAAUGGAUUUGGUAAAUGCAGAGAUUUUCAAAGUGUGAUGAGUGAUGAAUAUAUUGGUUGAUCAAGCUGGGGAUCGGAUUUCCAUCAUCCAUGGAACACAGAUCGAGAGAGGUAUCUACUUGUAGUUUUGUCUGUGCUUAAUUUUACCUUUUUUCUUUUUCUUGUAUUUUUUUUCUUUGAGAAUCUUUUUUUUUUUUCUUGAGGUUUCUAGAUUGGUGUGAAGAGGUUGAAAUGUAUUUUGGUAGCUAAUUAGGAGUGAAGAGAGAGAGCUUUGUAUAGGAGGAUCGUAUGUCUUUGUGCUUAAUUAUAUUAAAAUUUCCACCUUUCUUCUUUUCC